AGAAGCAUGUAUACUAGUAUGCUAUAAGUUUGUCUUUAAAACAUUUUGAUACUUAUUUCAACAUCAUAUUUGAAUGAGGCACAGGGAGAUCAAGUAAUGGGCCCAGUCACAGCUCUGGCCAGGACUCAAACUCAGAUCUGGCUUCAGUGACAGAUGUCGUAGAUCAUGGCUUGAGAAUAGUUUCUGUCCGUGGACUGCUUACUGUGCCAGCAGUGUACUGCACUGUGUAUAUCUGAGACCUCGUUCAGUCAUUGCUACAGUGCUGUGUGGGCAACGUUGUAGUUAACCCCAGUUUACAGGCAAGGAGGCUGAGGCCAGAGCAGUGAGUGCCCAGGGACUCAUGGAUGGUUGUUUGGCAGAGCUGCAGUCUGAACCUAGGCUUUCUAAUCUCGGUCUGGGCUUGUCACCACUUCUCUGUCUUCUUUCUGCUUUUUGUGACUGCGAUCCUGAGUUGACUUCAUUAUUUUUUCUGACCUUUGUCAGGCCCUGGAGGGGAAAGCCAGAGAUGGACCUCGUGAAACUUGCCCAGCUCUUCUCCCGCCCCCACCCCGUGGGACUGUCUCUCCUGCAACACCUUGACCCUCUCAGAGCCAGGUGGGCAGGAGGCAGGAAGAGGCCUGCAUGGCUGAGGGCCGUGGGGCUGACUCGGCCAGCGCCAGCAGCCUUCAGCAGCUCCCUCUCUCAGCUGCCCGUGGGCCAGGGGAGCCAGAAGAACACGGGCAGCCUCAGCUCUGACCCCAGCCAGCCCAGCCCCACAGCCACCCAGGAGGAAGACGGGGAGGAAAGCUUUGGGACCCUCUCCGACAAAUACUCCUCCCGGAGAAUGUUCCGCAAAUCGACGGCCCAGUUGUAUAACCUGCGGCUCAGGGAACAGAGUGUUGAAGAAGACGAGGCAAGGGAGCUGGAGCCAAAAUCAUGGCGGGGCCGAAGAAACACCCCUUACUGGUACUUCUUUCAGUGCAAACACCUGAUCAAGGAAGGGAAGCUGGCUGAGGCCCUGGACCUGUUUGAGAGGCAGAUGCUGAAGGAAGAGCGACUCCAGCCCCUUGAGUGCAACUACACAGUGCUGAUCGGGGGCUGCGGGCGGGCCGGCUACCUGAAGAAGGCCUUCAAGCUCUACAAUGACAUGAAAAAGCGGGACCUGGAGCCCUCAGAUGCCACCUAUACAGCCCUGUUCAAUGUAUGCGCUGAGUCCCCCUGGAAGGACUCUGCUCUGCAGAGCGCCCUGAAGCUCCGGCAGCAGCUCCAGGCCAGAAACUUUCAGCUCAACUUGAAAACGUACCACGCUCUGCUGAAGAUGGCUGCCAUGUGCGCAGACCUCAAGAUGUGCCUCGAUGUGUUCAAGGAAAUUGUUCACAAAGGGCAUGCGGUCACAGAGGAGACCUUCAGCUUCCUGCUCAUGGGCUGCAUCCAGGACAAGAAGACAGGCUUCCGAUACGCCCUGCAGGUGUGGAGGCAGAUGCUGAGUCUGGGGCUCCAGCCAAGCCGGCACGGCUACAACCUGCUGUUGGGGGCAGCUCGGGACUGUAGCCUGGGGGACCCAGAGGUGGCCUCAGCACUGCUUCUGAGGCCCAGGGAGGAGACGGUCCUGCUCCAGACUCCGGCAGGUGGGCGGCGGGCGAGGAGGAGAGCCUGGGCCAGGGCGAGCGACAGUGUGUCAGCCAGGCUGCAUGUGGAGGCCCUGGAGAGGCAGCUGUUUCUGGAACCUUUUCAGGCUCUUGAGGGGCCUCCACAGCCUCAGGAGGCCAGGGUCCCCAGCAAGGUCCAGCCUGAGGUAGAAACCAAGGUGGAGCCUGACCACACAGUGGUCCUUGCCUCCGUGACCCCGGAGCCACCUUCCUGGAGGCUGGAGGCCAACCUCCUGACCCCGGGGACAGUCCCCCCAAAUGUGGUCUCCUUUGGGACUGUGACCACCCCAGCCGACAGACUGGCCUUGAUGGGGGGCAUGGAGGGCUUCCUGGGCAAGAUGGCAGAGCAUGGGCUCCAGCCCGACAUCAAAACCCUCACGCUGUUGGCUGAGGUGGUGGAGCCCGGGAGCCCCGCAGAGUCCUCACUGCUGACCGUCCUGGACACGCACCAGGUGGAGGCCGACGUGACGUUCUUCAACACGCUGAUGAGGAAGAAGAGCAAGCUGGGCGAUCUGGAGGGGGCGAAGGCGCUACUGCCAGUCCUGGCGAAGAGGGGAAUUGUCCCCAACCUGCAGACAUUCUGCAAUCUGGCUAUUGGGUGCCGCAGGCCAUGGGACGGUCUGCAGCUGCUCGCAGACAUGAAGAAAUCCCAGAUGAUCCCCAACACCCACAUCUACAGCACCCUCAUCAAUGCGGCCCUCAAGCAGCUGGACUACACCUAUCUCAUCAACAUCCUGAAGGACAUGAGGCGGAACAGCGUCCCGGUGAAUGAAGUGGUCAUCCGCCAGCUGGAGUUCGCAGCCCAGUACCCGCCCACCUUUGACCGGGAAUCGGGAUGUCUUGGAUGCUUGCACAGGAAGAAUGAAAGAAAGAGGGGAGUCAAGGACAGCCCCAUGUUUUGUGGCCUGAGAAGGGAAGCAGCUGUGUGUGUGUGUGGAGAGGGGGUGAGUGAGGAUUCAGUUCUGCACAUGUUAAUUUUGAGGUGGCUUUAGAUAACCAAAUGGGGCCAUCUAAGAGGCAGUUGGUAUAGAGUGUUAGUGCUGAGUCAAGGCUGGAGAAGACACUUGGUCACCUGGGUGGAGAGUGUGGGAAGCCAUAUGACUGGAUAAGACCACUGGGGCGGGGGGAGCUGGAGUUCCUUAUGCUGCCAUCCUGGAAGUGGAACCCCUCUCCCUGUGCUUUUGAGUCAUUUCUCAAUCUUUUAAUCGUAGCAUCACCUGCAUUUUUUAAGUCUCUUUUUCGACCCAUUGUCACAAGAUCAUGUGAACACUCUUGGAUAUCGUUUUGUACAGGUUCACGCACAAAGUGGAAGGCAGCUUCCGACGGGUGAUGCACAGUCCUGCUACUAUGAGGGUAUGAAAAGAGGGCAGAGAUAGGGGGUAUUGUGGCAUAGAUGAGACUUUGGUUUUUAGCCUCUUUGCUAUUGCUAGAACUGCCCAUAACAUCAACACUUGGGCAACAAUUCUCUUAAAGUGCUAUUCUUAAAAAGUCUAAUUAGGUGGCCAGCCCAGUGGCAUAUUGGUUAAGUGUGUGCAAUCCCUGUUGGCAGCCCAGGGUUCACAGGUUCGGAUCCCGGGUGCACACCGACACACUGCUCUUCAAGCCAUGCUGUGGCGGCGUCCCAUAUAAAGUAGAGGAAGAUGGGCACGGACGUUAGCCCAGGGCCUGUCUUCCUCAGCAAAAAGAGGAUUGGCAUCGGAUGUUAGCUUAGGGCUAACCUUCCUCACACACACACAAAAAGUCUAAUUAAAUGUUCAUUAUGCAAGUGUUGAUUAUGCUUGAUUUUCAGUUAUAAAAGUGAAGUUAUUUACAUGUCCUGGUUACAGUCCACAGAGA